AGUCUUCACUCGAUCGUCGUUGAGUACAAAUCUCCCGGUUAUUCAGGAAGAUGUGACAUAGAUUUUUAUUUAAAGCUUCAUCCACCAUUUUUUUUCCUAUAAGUGCACCUGAAUCGCGAAAAUAAUACGCAAGUAUCUAUUUUGAGUAUGUUUAAAAAGUGAUUUCGAAAGAAAGGAUAUAAUUUUGUGACACUAACAAAUGAAUUAUGGAAUAAAAUUUAAAAAAAAUGUGGUAAAAGUGCAAUUGAGAGAGGAAUUAUUUAAAGAAAGAAUAAAAGAAAAAUAAGGAUAUGAAUGGAAAAUCCAAGAGUAGUACUCAAUUCCGGAGUACUCGAGCAAUGCCACAAUGGGUUCAUGAGCAGAGCAAUCAGAUUGGACCCAAACCACCACCACCUCCACCAGCAGAAAAUGGCAAAACACCACCAGCAUUGCCACCAAAAAAUGCCAAAAAUGAACCAGAUUAUGAGAUAAUCGAAUUCGGAGGACAGUACUCCAAUACGAUGCCGAUAUUUCCUGCGAAACCUGGCGAUUUGAAGAAGAGUCCGAUGAUAAAGUGUGAAUUAUGUGGAUCAACAACACCAACAAUAAAGUGUGAUCAGUGCGAUCAGCAUCUCUUUUGCGCUUCCUGUGACGACAUGUACCAUCGCCAUCCUAAACGGCAGACACAUAUGCGAAAGACUGUGACGAUUGGUGAUCAAACGGUGAAGCCACCGUUGCCACCAAAAGGUGAACAUUUGGUACCCGUUCCACCGCCAAGGCGCAAUAAGAGAGGUAGUAGCUUUCGACUGGCAGGUCCAGGAUCUGGACGAACGGAUCAGGUCAAUUCGAAGACAUCAAUUCCGUCAAGACCACCAGCUCCUCCGAGUCCAGCUUUGUCAUUGCGUGAAAAGAUGAGUAGUCUCAAGAGAAUUAUUGCACCAUCUAAUCGUCCCCUACCGGAUACACCACAAUCCUCACGCCCUCAGACACCAAACAGUGUCAGUUCUGGCUCCGUGUUCGAUAGCAUUAAGAAACAACCAUCAGUUGAGAUGGGAAAAAUUCAGAGUCACAAAUCUGCUACCCUGGAUCGAAUGGCAUUGCUCCAGGAGCGCUAUCGACAGCAUCAGGAAGCAAUGAGAGCUGAUAGCGAAAGGGGUCGUCGUCCCAGUACGACAUCUAAUUGGGAAUUUGCUACUCCUGUUCAGAACUCUACAGAUUUCUGGGGCGUACCCAAAAAAGCAGGAAGUCUUAUGACAGGAAUGAACAGUGCUUCACCAGACAGUCAUCCUCAUCCCUUUGCAUAUCCAUCACAAAAUAAUGAUAUGCGUGCUAGAAAUCCUAAUCUCAGUGCAUCAGUCUUUGAUCUCAGUCAGCAAGCGGGAAUGCGAACGCCCAAGUAUCCAAAUCAGGGAUGGAAUCAGCCACAAAUGAUGCAUCAGACACAAUCUGUGGCUCAGUUAAAUUGCAUGAACUGUAAUCAUCAAGUACCACCUCAAUGGGGAGAUUCUUCUCUUCAUGGAUCCAACAUGAGUCUGAAUCUACCACCGCAAGGAUACUAUCCUCAUCCACAGCAUGAUGCUCGACAAGCAUGGAUGAGUCCCUGGGCUCCUCCGCCCGUUUAUCCCUAUCCUAUUGGAAUGGUUCCCGUGAUGGCGACUACUCCACAUCCUCCGCGUUCGAGAGCUCAAUCUCGAACUCAUUCACGGGCAGCUUCUCCUGCAUUGAGUAUAAAAUCCCGUAAAUCCACGAUGUCUGCACGACUACCACGCCAUGAGAUCUAUAUUGGUCAGGAAUAUGCUGAUGAUGAGGAUUCAGACAUGGAGUUGUUCGACGAUAGUCAUCUGAGAGGAGUAGAUCGACGAAGAGGAAGCACAAGUCACCGUGGACGUCGCCCGAGGAAAAACUCAACUCAGAGUAGUCUCGAUUUUGAUGAGGAUACCGCAGAUAGUGCGACUGGAACAGGAGUACGUCAAGCCGGUCGAGAACGUCGCGGAGGAUCAGUGUCUAGAUCCGUUCAGAGUGACUGGAUUCCCUCGAAAAGAGUGUCCGAUGCGAUUCGUGAGCGAGAAUUGCUGCAGAAAAAUAAAGCUCAACAUUCGGCGUCUCCGGAGGAAUCUGAACGAGAAGCUGAAAAACCACUACCACGUGAAAUUGCAAAGAAGCCGGAAGAUAGGCCAGAAGAGAAGGCUUCAGAGGUGGAAGAAGAGGAAGAUAUCGAAGAUAUUAUCAAUAAUUUGGGUGGUAUAACUAAAUCUUCACCUCCUGUCCAGGAACCAGAAGAAAACAAUGAAGUUCAGAGUGCAGAGGAGGGACCAGUAGGUCCACCACCAUCCGCUCCCGACUAUGAAUGGGAAUGUGAAUACUGCACCUACGUCAAUGAGCCAAAUACCAAAAUCUGUGGAAUUUGCUGCAAAACACCAACAAAGGCACCACAGAAGACCAUCAGUGAUCCAAUUCCUGACAUUACGCCCAGGGAAUCUCCGCCAAAGCCAAAUCCAGUAAAAGAGGAUGUGAUCAAGAAGAAAGAUAAUACGGAACCGAAGAAAACGACUAAAGAAAUUGUGGAGAAAAAGAAUGAUACAGGAAAUAAAAAAGGGGUUCAAAAAGUCUCAGAGUCUCCAUCCCGGGAUUCCGUACGAUCGAAAAGUACGGCGGUUUGUGCAAAUAUUUCUGAUUUUGAUGGGAAACGCGUGUCGCCUAAAGUCAGCACCGGAUGUGGUCCAUCACCUCCGAAGGAAGUGAUUGAGAUCCCUAAAAAAGUGCCCGAGACAAUGAGUCAUAUUGAGAAAACAUCAACUGGAACAUCUCCACCGCCCCAGAGUGCAUCCACACAGACAUACGACUACUUGCCAAUGAGAGAAGAAGAACCUGGUGGAUCAAGUGGUGGUAAAUCUAGUCAUGGAGGUGAUUUCAAGAGAUCCUACUCAAUUGCAGCGGGAGCUCUAACAUCAAACACCAAUCAUGGGGCAAGAAGUAACAUGAGUUUUUCUAGCGACACCCAAAGUUUACCACCAACCCCACCGAGAGAAUUAAGUCCGACUCCACGUCAACGAUUGAAUGACAACUACUUCGAGGAAGACACCCUUGCUUAUAUCGAUCGUGUUCUCAAUUCCACCCAUUUAGCUACCCAACAACUCCAGAAAUCCUACAACCAUCGAGAUCCUUACAGGAGCUUCAACGAUCUUCGUCGACCGGAAAUGUAUUCAUCAAGAAGACCUUCCUACUUAGACUACAACAGUUCUAACAAGAUGACAAGACGAGCUGAUUCCCAGCCACCGGAUCCCAAUAUACUCACUCUGGAAGAUUUGAAAUUAAAGCGUCGACAAGAAAGCCUACAAAACCCGGGCCUUGAACUAAUCCGAAUGCUUAGAGAUGCUGAGCAACAUAAUUUCACUGCGGAGGAGCUUCAGGCUGCCUUGGCUCAUUGCGGUGAUUCCAAUCCCAUUGUUUGGCUACGUGAAAAUUGGCAUAAGCUUGUGGAAACUGUCCAGACCCUGGCUACCAAAUACGGACAGGAGAGGAAGGAAAAUAUCAUUGGGACAAUAUCAGCCAUUGAAGCGCGGGAAGCACUUAGAAUUCAUCGAGGAAAUGUAUGGCAUGCAGUUACUGAGUGCAUUGAACAGAGGCAGAGGAAGUACAAUGAGAUAUCAAGCAGGGGGAAUUAUCCAAGAGAAGACAUUGUGACUGCUCUUACGGCUCAUCAUGGGAAUACUGAAUUGGCUCUCGUGGAAUUGGGCAAAAGUCAGCUAAAGCCUUUUCUCAUGAGAAUCUGGGGUCCUCCAGCAGGAGCGGAUAACGAGAGUGGUAAUACUUUGCUGGAAAAUAUCCCAAGAUCAACAUUGAAAAGGGAUACCAUAGGAUUGAGUGACCUCACUGUUCAGGAUUAUCUUGAUCUCUAUGAAAAACGCGAAACUGUGGAAAGUGAAAAACCUAAAUCGCCAAUUAGAACAGACAACUCCUAUUCAAGUCUGUCUAUAAAUUCGUCAGAGAACCGGGAGACACAAUCUGAUGCUGAUCAGAGUGAUCUCACCAAGAAUUCUAAUGUCUUGAGAGACAUUGAAAUUCUAAUUGGGAAUAUGGAACAGAAUCAGGCAAAACAGAAUGAGAAUAUGCUGAAGAAUAUUGAAAAUCUUCUGGGAAAUAUUCUCACUAAAGUCUCUCGACCACAAUCUGUGGCAUCAGACUUUUCAGCAAGUAGUCAUCAAGAGAGAUUGCUGAAUCUCAAGAGUCCACUACCACCAACCACAGCAAAGGCCAACCUGGAAGACAUCACGGAUGUUGUCAGUGAUGUAAAACUCUUUGUUUCCCAGCACAUUCAGGAAAUUGUUCCAAAUUUGGUGGAUCAAAUUGAGAAGGAACUUCAGGAGGGUACUGCUAAAGAAGACGUUCCAUUUGAGGACAAACUGCUGGAAAUUAAUUCAACCAACGACGAAAUAGUCUUCAUUCCAGUUACCGAAGAGAGAAAAAACUCUAUUCAGGACGAAAUUAUCCCUGUAAACAGCGAAUUAGAAGUUCUCAGAAUAUCUGCUGAAGAUAUCAAGGGUCAUCCUGAAGAAAUUUCUUCUGAAAAGGCACCACAGGAAAUAAAAGCUGAGCAAAACGUUGAAGUAAAAUCUACAAAACCAGUAGAUCAAGUACAGAAAGAUCAAGUACAGAAUGAUAAAAUCCAGAAAGAUCAACAAAUCCCAUUUGAAGCGAUAGAAAAUGUUCCACGAGUGGAUCAGUUACCGAAGAAUGCUUCCCCGACAAAACAGAAAAUCAAGAAAAGAAAGACAUCAAAGGCAUUAGCUACUAAAGCUGAACAAACACAGAAAAGAAAUGCAAUUUAUAUCAAUGAUUCGACGACUGAUCAUGAAGAAAAUCUCGAUAUUCCUCCAUCUCCUGUACCUCCCAUUAAGAUUAGCACAAAGAGUAUAGUUUUGAAGAGUAAAUCUGUUGAACAAAAUACUCAGAAUGCUCAGAUUAAUGAGUCAUCCGAGAGGGAUCAGCAAAAUGAAGAUAAUUUGGAAGAAAGGAAGGAGAAUCUAAGACAACCACCGAAGACAUUUACGUCUACCAUACAGAUUACCCCAACUGCUGAUGCACCACCAAAAACUUCAGAAGCUCCGCAAUCCACCUCCAAGACAAGUCAAAAUCUAUCAGAACUCGUAGAAAACACUCAGAGGCUGAUAAAGCAGAUGAAAGAGGAGAUAACAUCAGAUAUAGCGUCUAUGGAUAACACAGAAUACAGCUCAGAUGACUAUGCUGAUUCAUUUGAGUGGACAGAAGAUGAAGAAGUUGAUGAAGAAGAACAAACUGAAGAGGAAUUGGAAGAACUAGAAGAAGAAGAAGAAGAAGAGGGUGAAGAAGAAGCUGAAGAUGAAGGCGAGGAAGAAGAGGAAGGAUUGAUAGAAGAAGAAUCAGAAAGUGAGAAUGAAGAAUGGGCAGAAACAAAUGAAGAAUUUGCAAACGAACCUCUGCAACCCAAAGAAGAUCCUCAAGCCAUAAUCGUACAACUGGCCAAGCAGAGUCUGAGUCCUGAAAGUGAUAGUUACGUAGAAGCCAGGGAAAAUCUAGAUGAAGAGAUUGAUCUUAAGGACAGUGAGACAAUAAUUAAAGUUGAAAUAAUUGAAAGAGAAAUUCCAGUUGAUGAAAAUAACCCUCUGGAAAAUGAAGAAGAAUCAAAACUAGAGGAACAAGUGCCUGAAGAGCAUGAAUUGAUAGAACAUUCAAAUGAAUUAAGUAAAGAUGAAGUCUCACAUGAAGAUCCCGAGGAUGUCGAACAGUCUGUUCAAGAAGAAGAAAGUGAAUCUUUGAACGAUUCAACAGAAAAAACAAUGAAGAUAAUUCAAAUUGAAGAUUCUGAUGAUCAGAUUGUACGUGAAGAGUCUUCAGGAGACAAUCCUGUUAAUCAAGAUACAAUUCUCGUUGAGUCAUUGGUAGAAAAUUAUGUCACAACUACGGAUAGUUCACCAUUGCCGAACGAAUCACUUGAGAUUCCAUCGAAUCCUUUGGAAGAUAACGCAGAGAAUAUUGAGAAACAUCCAGAGGAUAGAUUAGAAGUGACAUCACAAGAAGUCCCAGCCAGUCCAACUCAAUCAAAUGAUAAGAUAGAAAGAGAAGAGAUUAGAUCAGUUGAAGCGUUAGAAGAACCACAAAUAGGAUCUGUUAACGAAUCUUCUGUUGAAAAUGAAAAGAUGAAUGAAGAUGUCCAGGAAUUGAAGAAAACUGUUGAAACUGAAAGUAAUAACAACUUACAACCUGAAGAAAAGGUCUCACAGAAAGAAAGUCUUCCAGUUAUCCAUGAUCAAGGAUCGGAAAAGAUCGUAUCAGAAGGAAAUACAGUUGAACAAGAUCUGAUACAAGUAGCAAAACUUCAAUCUGGCGAAGAAAACGGUAAAAUUGAAGACCCUAUUCCAGAAUCAAAUGCAAACAAUGUAGUAGUAAGAGAAGAGUCGAAAGAUUCUAAUCCUGUUAUUGGCAAUAACGAUUCGGAAGUAAUAGUGAAAGAAGAUCUGAUGAUUCAAGAAAUAGUACAAGAAAAACCGAUUCAAAAUAACGAAGAAAAUGAGAUUACAAAUUCUCCUUCUGCCACUACAGAAACUGAUUUAAAGCAUGAGCAAUCUCCACCUAGUGGGACCACAAAAACUGGAACUGAGGUCAAAGGAUCGUCUCCUAAAGUAUCCCCAUCAAAGGAAAUUCCAAGAAAGAUUCCUGUAAGGAAGAAAUCGAUACCUGGACCUCAACCAACAGCUCGGGUCACCAGAUCGAAUAGCAUUAAAGCCAUUCAGGCAGAGUUGUUCAAGAAGGUGGAAGUUAAGCCGAAAUUGGAACCAAAGGCCAGUAAAUCCUCAAAACUCGUUCCACCGAAACCAGUACCAAAGUCUGGAAUAGGAGCAUUAACUAGUAAGAUAACCAAACUCAUGACUCCAGUCACAAAUGGAAGGGGUACCUUUGCAAAAUCCCCAAAAUCCAGUGUGUCUCCCGAGAAGAAGCCAGUCUUGAACGGAAAGCCAACAAUAGCGAGAGGUCAUGAGAUGAAGAUUCCUAAGAAGAAGUACCAUGAAACAUGCUUCAGCGAUGACUAUCAGUCGAGUGAGGAGGAUGAAAAGCCCAAAGAUAGGACAGAGAUUCGAGUAAUAAAGAAAUUCAUAUCUCUUCCAUUAGAAGAAGAGGAUUCUCAGACAACUGAGGAAAGAGCUAGGAGUUUGCUAGAAGAGGGACUUGUAGACAAUUUGGCAACCGGUCAGUUGGCUGCGUCACUAAUUGGACUGAAAUUUGACAGAGAAGCAGCUCUUUGGGCUGCAGCUGAAUCCUGUGAUCUUGACCAAGCAAUCGCCCUUCUGCAACAGGAAUGUGAACUCUGUACUGGAAAAUAUCCCAUGAAUCAAAUGAUUUCCAUGCUCAAGUGCACGCAUCGCUGUUGCCACGAAUGUGCUAGGAAUUAUUUUACUAUUCAGAUUACAGACCGCUUAAUCGUGGAUUGCGUUUGUCCAUUCUGCAAAAUGCCCGAAUUACAUGGGAAUGAUGUGUCUGAAGAUGAUAUCCUAGAGUACUUUUCUAAUCUCGACAUCCUGCUAAAGAGUAUCCUCAGUGAGGAAGUGCAUGAAUUAUUUCAGAGAAAACUGAGAGAUAGAACUCUAAUGCAGGAUCCUAAUUUCAAAUGGUGCAUUCAGUGCUCUUCGGGCUUCUUUGCAAGACCACGCCAGAAGAGGCUCAUUUGUCCAGAUUGUGGAUCUGUUACAUGUGCCACGUGUAGGAAAACGUGGGAGAAGCAGCACGAAGGAAUAACAUGUGAGAAAUUUUCCGAAUGGAAGGAGGCCAAUGAUCCAGAUAAACAAGUUGAAGGUGUUACGAAACACCUUCAGCUGCAUGGAAUUGACUGCCCAAAGUGCAAGUAUCGCUAUGCCCUGGCCAGAGGAGGAUGCAUGCACUUCACCUGUACUCAGUGCAAAUUUGAAUUUUGCUAUGGGUGCGGAAGGCCCUUCAUGAUGGGUGCUAAAUGCGGUAUAUCACAGUAUUGUGCAAAACUUGGGCUACAUUCGCACCACCCAAGGAAUUGCCUGUUCUAUCUUAGAGAUAAGGAACCGCAUGAUCUCCAGAAACUCCUAAAGAUGCACAAGAUUCCUUAUGAUACCGAGCCCGUGGAAGCGCUGAAGUUUCGCACAGAGGAAGGUGCCAAGGCUGUCCUGAAGUGUCCCAUUCCACUACAGAAGGAAACACCAACUGGACUGGUGGAUACCAUUUGCAAUGGUGAUGUUCUCGAUGGAUUUGCCGGAUUGUGUCGACACCACUACAUUGAGUAUCUUUGCGUGAAAAUUCGCACAAACAAUUGUGAGACAUUGGACAUACUAACGGCGGAUGAUUUGGAGAAUAUCGUGAGGCGAGAGAAUAGGCGAAUGCCACCGCGUCCAUAUGGGAUCCUCGAUGGGCUGUACCGUGUUGAAUUGCUCAAGAACACACUAUGUGGAGUACUUGGUGAGUGCGGUGGCAAAAGCCAAUGUCGAUCCAUUGCCUAUUUUGGAUUUAACUGACUGUGUCCAAGAACUGCGUCGAAGUGGCAUUCCACUCCCGGAACGUGGACCAUGGGACACGGAUGAAAUUUACCGUGGAAUGUGCCAAGAGGUUUGUACCCAUUUUCUCUCUGUCUCCCCGUAACCCAUUAGUCCUGGCUUGACGGAUCCGCUUAAAUAUCAUUCUACCAUCAGAGAAAUUCAUCUAUUUCUCUGACUACCUGCAAUUUAUUGCGUUCAAUUUCUCCCCCGAUUUAUCAAAAUUAAAAGGAACAAAAAUUGGCGGGAGAAAAAAAUAAACUAAAAAUUGGCGGGAAAACUUGAGAUCUUAUUUCAGAAAUGUGCUCGUUAAAAGUCGUGUAAUAUCGGAAAUUUUGUGUUGAAUUUUAAUAGAAAUUACAGAUAGCCAUACUGGUAACACUAAUCCCGCUCAUUCACGGUGCUAUGAUAAAUAUUUUUGCGCCAAAAAGACAUAACAGACAUAAAAAUUCAUAUAGAAAGAAAUUGUCUUUUUGAUAUCUUUGUCGGAAGACGGAUAGUGAACACCCUUUUACUUGAAUCUUGCAGAAAUACAAAGAAAUUAAAUGCAAAUAUCACUUCAAA